AUGCUUGGAAGAUUAUGCCAUCAAUUGAAUAAGACACUUCUGACACCAUGUCACGCAGCAGUUUGUACAACACAAGUUGCAGGUAUUUUUUUUUGAAAAUUGAAAUGACUGACUCAAUUUAAAACCAAAAUGUUCAGGUGUUCAUCAUCAUAAAGAAGCUGAUGAUAUGCCACGAUUCACCGGAAUGCAUCGAUCAAAUAAAGCAAAAGCGAAUAGAAAUACACAUGUCAACGAAAAAAUGUUCAGAAGGGUAUUUAAUUUUAUCAAAAUAGAAGUUUUUCUAACAAGAAACAAAAAUGAAUUUUCAGAUGCGUGGAAGGAAAACAAUUUUGAUCGAUUUGCCAGAUGAUUCAGCGAAAGAUCGAGAAGAUCAAAUGACAACAGCAGAAUUGCGAACAGAAUUAUUGAAAAGAGGUGUGAAUCCAUAUAAAGAUGCGCAGCCAAGAGUAUGGAACGAGGGGCAAAUCACAUUUCAAAGUAUUUGUAAGUAGUGUCUUUGAGUUCCCAUAAAACUUCCAUGAAAAAUUGUUUCAGACGGAAUUGCUGAUCCCUAUGUUCCUCCAGAAAAUCCAGCAUCUCUCACUGAUUUCAACAACAAAUUCGAUGAAGUAAAACAACGGGUUCAACAUAAAUUUUAUAAUUGGCGAAUGGGAACGAACCGGAUCAAGAAAAAGCAGGGAUUCGAGAAAUUCGACAUCAAAACGUUCACGGAAAAAGCUGAAGAUAUCUAUGUUCAAGCACAUAAAGCGCUGGAGCAACGGAAUAAACAACAAAUGCACAAAUAUAUUACAGAAUAUGCGUUUGCUGUAAGAUUUUCACUUUUUUAAUGAGUAAUAUUACACUAAUUAUUUUUCUUCAGAAAAUGUGGCCUGACGUGGAAAAUGGUUCAGUUCGCUUUGAAUUGAUUGAAAUGGUUGAACCUAGUAAAGUUGUAGCUGUUAGAUGUUUCGAUAAUCCUCCAAAAUCUGGAAAUGAUAUUGCUCAAAUUACUGUUAGAAUGCAUUCAAAACAGAAAUUAUCAAUUUAUGAUCGAUUUGGGAGUUUAAUUCUAGGAUCAGAAGAAGAAGCUAAAGAUGUGAGUUGGAACGAAUUAAACAAAAAGCUAACUAUGUUUUUUCAGGUUGUUGAAUAUGUUGUUUUCGAAAAUCAUAUCGCAGUUGUUGAUGGAGAAUGGCGAUUACACGGAAAAAUCUAUCCAAAAUGGAUUGAACCAAAACAAGGAUCACAUUUGACAAAAGUUCUGAGCUCUGAUCAAAUCAAAACUUUGGAAUCGAAAGCGCAAGCGUUGCCUUUGAGAACAACGGAAAAAUUGGAGGAAGAAGCAGCAAAUAAGAAGAAAGAACAAAAAGAAGAGAAUAAAUCGUAG